AGCUCUCUAUGGCAAAUAGUAUCGAUUUGGUCACCCGACAUAUCCAGACGCCUCUUUAUCCCUGGAUACACAAGAGGAGGCUACAGCUUCCGAACCAGGAUGGAUCAUGACUGGCAUUCGAGCAGGCGAAGUGGCCAUCGGCACUAUGAUGAUGACGAAGACCAACAGUCCAUCUACAUCGGCGUUCCAGUUCCGCGGGGCUACAGACGCAAACGCCGUCGUCACCGCCACCGCCACAACGGGGAGGAGGGCCGCAGCGAGCGAAGACACGGUCGUCAUGAGCACCACGGCCGCGAGGAGCACUACGACGCCGACGACGGCUCAGAGGGACCCUCGCAUCAUCAGUCGCAGCAGUCGCUGUCCGACGUCAACUCCACAAUUUCCCCGGCCGCCGAGCGCCUGCGUUGUCUCCUGGGGGAGGAUGAUGAGCCGACCCCCACCAUCUUCACAGAGAUGGACACACUGCAGCACGAGGGGGGAGAGAUGGAGUGGAAGGAGUCUGCCAGGUGGGUGAAGUUUGAGGAGAAGGUGGAGAAGGGUGGUGAGAGGUGGAGCAAGCCCCACGUGUCCACUCUGACUCUGCACAGCUUGUUCGAGCUGCGCACCUGCUUACAGACUGGCAGCAUUCUGCUCGACCUGGAGGGAUACUCCUUGCCCCAGAUCAUCGACGACAUAGUGGAGCGUCAGGUCCAGGACGGGCUGAUCGGUGAGGAGCUGAGGGAACAGAUCAGCUUUGUGCUGCUGAGGAAACAUCGGCACCAGACCAAAAAGCCCAUUCACCGCUCACUGGCCGACAUCAGCAAGACCUCCAGCCCCACUCCAGCCAGACGUAGUCCUAGUACGGCAUCAGGUCUCCAUCGCUCCACUGAGGACCUGCAUGGCCGGAACAGUGGCAGCCUCGGACGGCUGCAUCACGCUCAGAGUCGCAGUAUGAACGACAUCUCUGAAACGCCCAGUACAGACCAGCUGAAGAAUAAGUUCAUGAAGAAGAUCCCACGGGAUGCAGAGGCUUCCAAUGUGCUGAUUGGAGAGGUGGACUUCCUGGACAAGCCAUUUGUGGCCUUCGUACGAUUGGCUCAAGCCACCACUUUGGGCGGGCUCACUGAGGUCCCUGUGCCCACCAGGUUCCUGUUUGUGCUGCUUGGGCCCACUGGUAGGGCAAAGUCCUACAAUGAGAUUGGCCGCGCCAUCGCUACACUCAUGGUGGACGAUAUUUUCAGCGAUGUGGCCUACAAGGCGAGAGACCGCGAGGACCUGAUCGCAGGGAUCGAUGAGUUCCUGGAUGAGGUCAUCGUGCUCCCGCCGGGAGAGUGGGACCCCAAGAUCCGCAUUGAGCCCCCGAAGAAAGUCCCCUCAGCCGACAUGCGUAAGUCCGUGUUGAACCUGAAUGAGUUGGGACAGAUGAACGGGACAGCAGGAGGAGGUGGCGCUGCCUCUGACGACGAGCAGAUGCCUACCCCUCACGAGCUGGGAGAGGAGCUGGCGUUUACUGGGAGGUUUUGUGGAGGUCUCUAUCUGGACAUCAAGCGCAAGCUGCCGCAUGUUUUCAGCGACAUCUACGAGGGCUUCCACAUCCAGUCCAUCUCGGCGGUGCUCUUCAUCUACCUGGGCUGCAUCACCAACGCCAUCACCUUCGGGGGCCUCCUGGGGGACGCCACAGACAACUACCAGGGUGUCAUGGAGAGUUUCUUGGGAACGGCGUUAGCGGGAACAGUCUUCUGUUUAUUUGGUGGCCAACCACUCAUCAUCCUCAGUUCAACUGGACCCAUCCUCAUCUUUGAAAAACUGCUCUAUGAGUUUAGCAAGUCAAACAGCAUCGACUACAUGGAGCUGCGCCUGUGGAUCGGUCUGCACUCGUGCUUCCAGUGUCUGAUCCUGGUGGCGACGGACGCCAGCUUUAUCAUCAAGUACAUGACGCGCUUCACCGAGGAGGGCUUCUCCAGCCUCAUCUCCUUCAUUUUCAUCUCCGACGCCAUCAAGAAGAUGGCGGGCUCCUUCAAGUACUACCCCAUCAACCGCGGCUUCAAGCCCGACUACGUCACCACCUACAAGUGCGAGUGCUUGGCGCCGGAUCAGAUUCCUCUGGGUCCUGAUAACAUGACUGAGUUGUAUAACAUGACAGGUCUGGACUGGAGCCAGCUCAGUAAGAAGGAGUGUCUGAAGUACGGCGGCGACCUGGUGGGCAAGGCCUGCAAGUACGUGCCGGACCUGGCCCUCAUGUCCUUCAUCCUGUUCUUCGGCACCUACUCCAUGACCGUCUCGCUCAAGAAGUUCAAGACCAGCCGCUACUUCCCUACCAAGGUGCGCUCCCUGGUUGGGGAUUUCGCCAUCAUCAUCUCCAUCCUGGUGUUCUGUGGCCUGGACUGCCUGCUGUCCCUGGAGACUCCCAAACUGCAUGUCCCCACAGAGAUCAAGCUUCGUAAGCUCAUCAGUGAUUUUUCCAUCUUCAUGUCAAUCAUGACGUUCGUGGGCCUUGACAUGCUCAUGGGCCUAGGUACGCCUAAGCUAAUCGUUCCCACAGAGUUUAAGCCCACAAGGUCAGACCGCGGAUGGAUUGUCAUGCCCUUUGGGAAGAACCCAUGGUGGGUAUACCUGGCCAGCGCCGUCCCUGCGCUGUUGGUCACCAUCCUCAUCUUCAUGGACCAGCAGAUCAGUGCUGUCAUCGUCAACCGCAAAGAGAACAAACUUAAGAAGGGCUGUGGUUACCACCUGGACUUGUUCUGGGUGGGCAUCCUGAUGGCCGUCUGCUCCUUCCUGGGGUUGCCAUGGUACGUGGCUGCCACCGUUAUCUCCAUCGCCCACAUCGACUCCCUGAAGAUGGAGAGCGAAUCGAGCGCACCAGGCGAGCAGCCACAGUUCCUGGGAGUUCGGGAACAGAGGGUGACGGGGAUACUGGUGUUUGUAUUGACCGGAGUCUCCAUAUUCCUUGCUCCCAUACUUCAGUAUAUUCCCAUGCCUGUUCUCUAUGGAGUUUUCCUGUAUAUGGGGGUGGCAUCUCUAAAUGGCAUUCAGUUCUGGGAGAGGAUUAAGUUGUACCUCAUGCCAGCCAAGCACCAGCCAGACUUCACCUUCUUGCGGCACGUGCCCCUGCGCCGGGUCCAUCUCUUCACCCUGGUGCAGAUCACCUGCCUGGCCGUGCUCUGGAUCCUCAAAUCCACCAUGGCUGCCAUCAUCUUCCCAGUCAUGAUCCUGGGGCUGAUGGUGGUGCGGAAGCUUCUGGACUACAUGUUCUCCCAGCACGACUUGGCCUGGCUGGACGACAUCCUGCCCGAGAAGGACAAGAAGAAAGCGGAGGAGAAGAAGAAAAAGAAGGACAAGAAGAAGGGCAAAGCUGCGCAGCACGACAGCGACGAGGAGGCAAAGUGUCCCAAAGAUACCCCUCCCUCUGUGAAGAUUCCCAUGGAAACUAUGGCUCCACCCGUUGACCCCACUUCUAGCCCCGCCUCUCCUCCCUCUGACCCUCCCAGCUCUUACUUGUCACCCUGCACCUGAAGAUCUCCUGCCCCCCCUCCCCGGUCCAGAGCCCCCCUGCCGUCCACCAGCAGGCCUUCUGCCCCCUGCCUCAGGUCAGGAUUCAGGUGGACUCGGACUACGAGGACUCCGACCCUCCUCGUCUGCCUCACCUUCAUCAUCAGCAUCAUCCUCACCCUCUUCUUCAUCCUCACAGGGGCUGGGACCUGGACUAUGGCACCCAGUUGUAAUCUCUUGAGAGACACCAGACAUCUCUCUUGAGAGUGUGUAUCAUUCACAAUCCAACAGGAACACGCUAUCCACAACUGCUGUAACUAGGAGACAGAGAGAGAGAAAGAAUGGUCAGAAUGAUAAGUCUCCCUUUUAAUGCAUUUAAUGGUGGUAGCUGCCCAGUGAUGCUUUUGGGAAACAUCUAGGCCUGGUGUCCAAAAAGCAUGGCUAAAGGAGCUUUCAGAGAAAGAGAGAGGGAAAAUGAUCUGUUCCAUUGUCAUCGGGUGUUUGGAUUGCGGUGUCAGAAGUGUCGACAAUGCUAUGCUUCUUAGAGAUCAUGUUUGAUGGCAGGACUUCAUCAUACUCACAUAUGAAGGAUAACAAAAUGAUCUUAGUACUGACACAUACAGAUGACUACAUAAUAAGCACACAAAUGGUGACAAUUUAAUUUGUAAUUUUGUUUGUAUUGGACUUUCUAGGUUAUUUUUUUUCUUUUAAUGAUGAUUUACGUCCAGUAUUAAAGGAGCAACCAAAUGUUUAAUCGAAAUAAAUAGCAAAACACUAUUGUACGUGAACAUAUUUUUCUUUCUGCUAUCUCAGCUUUUGCUCAUAAAUCAUUAGUGUGUGUAUUAUUAAACGGUGUCAAAGCAGUUGAAUGAAUGAGUGUGCAUAAGGCUGUGUGAUU